AUGGCUAAAUUAAGUUUAACUAUAUUAUCAUUUGCUCUACUUUCGAUAUUAGUAAAAGACAGUUAUCAGCAGGUUGAGAAAUCUGAGCUAAGAACCAAUGUAACUCUACCAAAUGCCGACAAAUUCUUACAUUUGUACGGUCUGCCAGUUGGUCAAGGAGAUACGUACAUUGUCCAGUGUCCUAACCUUAUUGGUGGCAAGUUAACUGUUGUUGAUAUGGGGUCCAGUGAAUCAAAAGAUGAGAGUUUUUGGGACGAAAUUGAAGUAGGAAGCAUGAUACCGAAAGUCUUCAACAGUCACGAGAAAAUAAAGAAGAUAAGAAACAUAUACAUAACGUGCAACGAAACCAACCUACCUUCGCCAAUAAAAUCUUGGCUGCAAAAAUUCACACUCGACUCAAAGGUAAGAACAUUCAAGAAUGGCAGCAGGUGUGGCCCCAAUGGUAAAGCAUGCGGCUUCAUCGACGUAUGUUCAAAUCCUGCUAGGACAACUAAAAAUAUUAAUGCUAGAGUCCUGGCGGCGAACUGGGGCCAACAAUGUGGCAAAAAUAAUGUUAACAGUAACAACAAUAAUAAUAACCUUGUUAAUAAGAAGAAAAACAGUAAUAAUAAUGAUAGGGCCCAGUUGAAUAAAAACACAGACGUGAUGGUUAUCUCGCUGGCGUUCAACAAGGUGAAAACUCUGAUGAUCGGCGAUUUCGAAGAUUUCACACCGUCUGAAAAUGAGGAAGGUCCUUAUUUUGAUUUGGUAAACUACUACAAGACAGACCUCCUAACUUCCGUCUAUCAACUGGCUCAUCAUGGAGCCGAAAACCUGGCUAAUAAGAAAAUAAUCCGCCAGGCCACUAAACCGACUGCCUUGUACGUGAGUUCAAAUCCUUACUACUCAUAUUUUCACCCGCGUUGUAACAUCAUUGACGCCUUUCUGAAAGAGGUGAAAUCUGUCUGUAAGCCGCAGAGCAAGUUAGGGGAUAAGUUUUAUUGUGGGGCCCAUCCGUUAGAUAAACCUGAAAAUAGAGAUGUGCGGAUUAGCAGAGGAUUCGUUGGGACUGAUUACAAAUUGCAGAAGAAUUACGUCUGCGGAGAGCAAAAUGGAACACUGAGGAAUGUAACAAACAACGAAUAUGCAAUCUACUCGACGGUUCCAGACGAGAUGACUUUGAAUAUCGUCGAGUAUAUUACCGACGGUUUAGACUGGGGAUUCGUUAAUAACUUUGUACCGAGAUUUUAA